UCAAAUCAAAUGUAAAUUUUUGACAAACAUUUGACAUUUAAAAUUUGAAAAUCUUUUUAAAAUUUUACGUGUGAAUCAUGAUAAAUAAUAAAUAUUGGUCAACGUAAGUUGCUAUCAAAGUUCUUUAAAACAAACAAAAUGAACAAAAGCAGUUCAAAUGAUACUUUUAUAUCAAAGAUAGAAACUAAAGAUUCCAUAACUCUGUAUAUAAAAUUGUUGUGGAAACAAAACGAGAAUGACUUAUUUCAUAUUAAAGUUUUCGAUGGGACCACCAGCUGGUCCGGCCGGUACUCGUACAUAUUCGCAAAAAAAUUUAUAGAACACAUAUGUUUAGACGACGCUGAAACCGAAGACCAAUAUUACGAAAAUGUGAAGAAGGCAUUAAGGCGACAGACCACGGAUUUUAUCUAUGAAUUUAACGAAAUUGAUUCAAAUUCCUUCAAAUUUACGUGGAAAAAGAAAGUAAACAAUGCUUUAUUUAAAUAUGGAUCUGUGCCAGUCCAUCGGGAUGAAAAUCAAGAAUCAAAAGACAGUUUAAUUGACUUCUUGUUGCAAGAAAAUGGGGAUCUUAGACGUAGUAUUGCUCAAUACAAGUCGAAGAAUGAGGAAUUAAAUAAUGAUCUACAAAAAUGCAAAAACGAGCUUGAGAGGUUUGUAAGUAUCAAAACCUCAUUGGAAGAAACACUGUAUGGUAAAUUUGUUCAGUUGUUAAAUGCAAAGAAAAAAAGGAUACAAUUGCUAGAAGAGAGUUUACAAAAGUUUGAGAACAUGACUGAAUCUCCAAUGGACACAGAAUUAGAUUAGAUAUUUAUAUAUUCUAUUUUGAAUAUAGAAUGUGUGAAAAAAGGAUAAGUAUUUUAAAAAAUAAAGAUUUUAUUUGGUCAGUUGUGUAAGUAUGACAAAGACUAUUAGAAAUGUGUGACAAGGACUAUUAGAAAAUGUAUUAUUAUGUAGAAAAGGACAAUGAUAAAUAUCUCUUUUCUCUAUGUCGCACACAACCAACAUACACCAAUCUUUGUUAAUUCCUAUACACAAUCUUAACCACUAUUGCAAGAUUUAAACAAAAAUGGAUUUAUCAGGAUAAAGUUUUACAUAUUUAUUUAUAAUUAAAUAAAUUAUUUUAAUUGGUUUAUUCUUGUAAUUAAAAUUUAGUUAGGUUAGUUUAUUGGAAUCCUUCAAAUGAGAUAAAAUAUUAUGUAUUGGAAAGUUACAGUCCAUCCUUUGUCUGUGUAAUGUCAAUUGAUCCUUAGACGCCAAUUUUAGUAAUAAAUUCUUAUCAUAACAAAUCUGUCAAACUUUGUCCAGUUUGCAAAAUUUUCACAAUUGAACAAAAAAUGUGGUUGGUCUGUUUAGAAAUUAGCUAAAUGAAUUAAGCACUAAAGUAAUUUCUUUAUCUAACAGAAAUUUUAAUGUAUUUUCAUAAAACUAUUGUAAUAUUUUGGACAUUACAUGUAUGAAAUUUUGUAUCAUUUUGACAUUCGAAUAUCAUGAAAUCAUGAUCUCAUACAUAAUAGAUUUUAAAAUUGGUUAUUGUGGUUGAUGAGUGAUGAAAUUUUUAUACAGUUGUAUAUUUUGUAUAUUUUUCUGUCAAUAAAACAUCAAAUAAU